ACCAAGUCAGCAGCGCGGUUAGUUGCUCGCUUGCUUUCGCAGGGUGAAGUUAUCCAGCGCCUCUGACGGAGCACUUUGGAAAAAUAUAAACUUCAACAAGAGCAGAAACUGGGAACAAACCUACAACUUUUCCACGGGAAACGAGUAAAAGGGAUUUUUCUGAAUUAGAUAACUGAGGAGUGGAGCCCCUAUUUCUGGUGGAAAAAGGAGGCUUAACUUCCCCCCCUUAUUUUUUCUCCCUCCUUCCUUCGUCCAGCAAAAUGAAUCGGAGCUUUAACAAGUCGCAACCUUUGCGACACCCUGAUUGUGACGCCGUGGAAGUGAAAAGCAAGUAUGGAGCAGAGUUCCGGCGGUUCUCUGUAAACCGGGUCAAGCCUGGUAAAUUCGAGGAGUUCUACAAACUCAUCCUCCAUAUUCACCGCCUUGCUAAUAUGGAGGUGAUGAUUGGCUACGCCGACACCCAUGGAGACUUCCUGCCGAUUAACAACGAUGAGAACUUUUCGAAGGCGGUCGACUCUGCUCAUCCCCUCCUCAGGGUAUUCGUACAAAGACGAGAGGAGGUUGACUACGCCACCUUUGGUACCAACACCUUAACCCGUAGGAAGAAGGCAGUGGUGGCCUUGCGCAACAGCGACAUCAACCGUAAGCGUCCCCGCGUCCCCAUCGGCAUGCCACAGGACUUCCGUCCCGUCUCUUCCAUCAUCGACGUGGACAUCCUCCCAGAGUCCCACCGCCGCGUCCGGCUUUAUCGCCACGGCUCGGACAAACCCCUGGGAUUCUACAUCCGGGAUGGGACCAGCGUUCGCGUGACUCCUCACGGGCUGGAGAAGGUUCCGGGCAUCUUCAUAUCCCGGAUGGUGCCUGGAGGUUUGGCAGAGAGCACUGGGCUGCUGGCGGUUAACGAUGAGGUGCUGGAGGUGAACGGCAUCGAGGUGACAGGGAAGUCUUUGGAUCAGGUCACAGACAUGAUGAUUGCUAACAGCCACAACCUGAUCGUCACAGUCAAGCCGGUAAACCAGCGGAACAACGUGGUGCGCAGCAGCAGAAUCUCUGGCAGCUCAGGCCAGUCGUCGGACAGCAGCGGCUCGAUCGGCAAUCCGAGUUUGUCUGUGGCCUUGCCACGCGAGGCCUCCUCCGCAGUGCAUCACAGUUACCACGAUGACCUAGAAAGCGACGAAGAUACAGAUAUCGUCAUAGAAAGCAGCCUCAAGCGGCCUUCCCUGCGUUCCAACACCUCGAUGGCUUCCAGCGUGUCCCGCACACAACAGCAGACUCCAACAAUGCCGGCAGGUCCAGCGGCUCCUCCGAGUCCUCCCUCACGUCCUGCGUCAGUGGUCUCCACCACCUCAUUCCGGUCCCAGACUAGUCUCAACGGAGGGUCCCACCACCAGCACCACCACACACAUCAACAACAACAGCAGCAGCCACCAGCCAUCAGCUUGAGCCACCAGUUGCACAGAGACCUAAACCUUAAACACAACCAGCAGUCCAAACACAGCGAGCUGCACACGCGGCCGCCUCAUCACAGUAGCAACCCAGCGCUCCGGCACAGCAACGGCAGCCUGCACAAAAUCCUCAGCUCUCUGAAAACGGACCCACGCCACAGCCUCACUCUGCCCAAAGGAGGGGUGGAGGAGGAUGGCACCGUCAUUACCCUAUAAUAAUUACUGAUAAGGAAGCAUAAACAUCCUGGCUGCUCAGAGACUAUACAGGAACAGUCAGAUACACACCAGCACAGACUUUCUCUGUCAGAUCCUAACUGUGGAGCCUCUGGGUUUCUUAUAAGACAAUAGGAAGUUUACAACAAUGAUACUGUAUAUAAAUCUUGUAUUUUUAAAGUUUGUCUUAUGUUCAUAAAUGUGUAUGUUCUUUAUAUGAAUCACAAAAAAUGACUUUUUAUAUAAUCAUCUGUAGGUUAGAGCUCUGAAUGUACCUGCAGCCUGGUAUCUUCUACUGGUGUCCACCUUUUAAAACCUACUUUUAUUCUCAUCACAGGGACCAAUGUGGGGUUUCUUAUGGAGGUUUUUAAAGAGUAAAACUAUAUUUCUUAUAUUCCUAUAAAUGAUCUGUAGAGCUUGUUUUUUAUUAGGUCUUUUAUGCAACAAUGAUUGUGAUCAAAUCUUUGUAUCUGUUUAA